AUGACAGAGCAACCGAUCAACCAAUCUAUUCAUUGGAAUUGGGAGGGUUUCCGAGGGUCUCAUGUCAAAGCACCCACACGAAAGAACCCGAUUGCAGCUGUGCGGUGCAGAGCAAGAAUAUAUACAAAGUUUGACAAGAAAAAACAAGAUUGGGUCUUGUUGAAGGUUGAACUAAAUCACUCGCAUCCGUGUUCAACUAAAAAGGCAGUGCACUACCACAAGAAUAGGAAGUUGACAAUGUAUGCGAAGUGCGUCAUUGACGUUAAUGAUAAGGCGGGCAUUCGACCCAACAAGACCUUUCUAGCAUUGGCUAACAAAGUUGGUGGGCCUUCAAACUCGGGCUUCUUAGAGAAAGACGUCAGGAAUUACAUUUCAUCAAGACUUCGAUCCACAAAUGUCAACGCAAAUGUCAAGGAGAUGCUAAAUUACUUCAUGCGAAUGAAGGAGUUAAAUCCAAACUACUUUUACGCAGUGAAUGUAGAUGAAAUUAUAAGUUUACGAGUGCAGUUUGGGUGGAUGCAAAGUUUGGAUGUUUCUAAAUGUGGUUAUUCUUCUUUUAGACAUGGAUUGCCACUUGCCGUUUUUAUCGACGUGAACCACCAUGAUCUGUUUGAGGACCGUCACAUGUGGAUGCCAAUCUUUUUCAAGGGUCAAUUCUAG